UCUUCAGCAGGGCUCGGAGGAGGCGGAGGCGAGAGGAGAGCGAGCGAGGGAGCUGGCUGGGAAUUGGUGCGAGCGCCGGCCUCCCUCCACCCUUCCCCACCCCCGCGGCCGGAAUGGGAGCUUGGUCACGUACGGGCAGGAACGGCUGCUCCAGCUCGCCUAGCGCCACCGUCCCUAGCAGACUGCGCUGAGCGCACGGACGGUGCCCGAGGGAGAGAGGCAAGGAGCGAGCCCGCUGCUCCAGCCCGGAGACUCGACUUUCGUCUUCUUUUUAAGCUGCUGGUGCCGGCCGCCGAGCAGCGGGAAGCGAGGUCUUUUAGGACUUGGAAAGUAAUUCUGAACAGGGUGGGCCCAGCAGGCACAAAACCCCCAAUGGAAACCGAAAUGGAGUGUGAAGUCCAGCCAGCUGCCUGUCAGGAAACCCAGCCCCCUGACCCUCCAGAGGCGUUUCCUCCACCUGCAAGUGUUCCCGAAAAGAUACCACCAAUCAAGCCCUGCUUUAAGAAGAAGCAACAGAUACAGAAAAGGCUGGAUUCAGAAGCACUGAGGGCUCUGCGGCCAAUCUUCACCAGCUUGCUUGGCACGGGCACCUUGGAUGGAAUUUUCGUGCCCAGGGGACAGAAUAGUAGCCAUAGUAACUUGUGUGAAUCUGUUGCAAAAAAGAACUUGGGAAUUGCAGCGCCGUGCCCACAACCAGAUAGCAACGCCUUAGUGCCAGGAGCUCCAGCAGUUCAGGGACAAAUAUCUGAUGAACAUCUUGAAGAGGAGGUCCAGCCACAGGAGCAGAGCUUCCCAUCCAUUACCUCUCCUGCUAAUGAGCCAUUCCAAGAUAGCUGCUUGCAUGCUGCCUCUAAUGCUGCUGCCCUCCUUGCAUACCCUGGCAAGAUACUUGAAGGUUGCCCAUCUGGGAUAUCCCCAAGUAACAACCAGUGCCUGCUCCAGUGUAAUGGGAAUCAAGGUGAUAAGUUUGGAGCUGGUCUUUUCCAGAACAAAAGUGAAGACGCUUCCCUUGACCUGGUCUUUGAACUUUUGAAUCAGUUGCAAUAUCACACCCACCAGAAGGAUGGGAUUGAGGUCUGUGUGCACUUUCUUCAAGGCAUGUGCGUAUAUGGCAGCGAUUGCCCCAAGCAUCACACUGUCCUGCCAUAUCACUGGCAAGCCAGGAAAACCGCUACGCAGGCGUGGCAAAGUGUAACUACCGACUCCCAGGAGCAUCUGGAGAGACUCUACUGCAAUCCAGACAACGACAAGGUCAAAAUGAGAUACCGACACUUAGUGGCAGCCUGGCAGUGCCAGUGACGGAAUCUAUCCCAUCACCAGUUUUAUUCCAAAAUGCUGUUACCUUUCCCGGUUUCUAUCCAGAAACAUGGAUUAACAUGGACCCGGCUCAGGACUUUAUCCAAGUGCCUGUUUCAAAAGAAGACAAAAGCUACAGAACCAUUUAUAAUCUCUUUCAUAAGACUGUGCCCGAGACCAAAUAUAAAAUCUUGAAAAUACUGCGAGUUCAGAACCAAUUUUUGUGGGAGAAGUACAAGAGGAAAAAAGAAUACAUGUCUAAAAAAAUGACCGGCUUAGACAAGAUUAUGAAUGAAAGACACUUGUUCCAUGGGACCUCCCAAGACGUGGUAGAUGGGAUCUGCAAGCACAACUUUGACCCUCGGGUAUGUGGGAAACACGCCACCAUGUUCGGGCAAGGAAGCUACUUUGCUCGGAAAGCCAGCUACUCCCAUAAUUUCUCCAAGCGGUCAUCCAAAGGAAUCCACUACAUGUUUUUGGCAAAAGUACUGACCGGAAAAUACACCGUAGGGAACCACACCAUGAGAAGACCUCCACCUGUGAACCCUGCCAGCAUCACCAGUGAUCUGUAUGAUUCCUGUGUGGACAACUACUUUGAACCACAGAUUUUUGUCAUUUUUAACGAUGACCAGAGUUACCCUUAUUUUGUUAUCCAGUAUGAAGAAGUUAGUAAUACUGUUAUCAUCUGAGAGACAGAGAAAAAAAUAAUUUCCAUUGAUAAAUUAUUGUUGUUAAUGGGCUUUAUAAUCUGCUGUUUGUAAAAUGGGCCCCUUUUUGAGGGGAAGAAGAAAUCCAGUUGGGAAAGUUUUAAUAAAGUAUUGAGGAAGAGGGAGGGAAAAAAAGAUAACCUUUUUAACAAACAAAAGAAAGAAAAAGAAAAAUAAUCCUGAAAAGACCAAUUGUGCAAAUUGUAAAUAUUUUCCAUUGUUUAUAGCUGAGAAGAAAAGAAAAAAGACUGUGCCUUUUGUUAUAAACACUAUUUAUGUUAGUAAAUUUAAUGUUUU